AGAGAUGGCUGUGUGGGAAAAUGCUAGUAAAUCACAAGUUUCUGAAAUAGUCAGACCAGCCCAUCAGAAACCAAUAACAAUUCUGGGUUCAAAGUCACAUUUAUUUCCCCCAUUUUAAUGCUCACUUUGAACUUUAGCAGGCCAUCUUGACCAUGUCUAGAUACCUGAAUGCACUGACUCGGUUGCAUGUGAUUAGCUGAUUAGAUAUUUGUUUUAAUGACUAGUUAAACAGGUGCACCUAAUAAAGUAACCAGUGAUUGCAUUUGUAAAGCAUGUGCUGCAAUUUCCAUAGCCUCUUCUAUCAGUUGUUUUAUCUCACUUGUGAAAUGAACCUUUCUAUAGUUCAAUUUUAGCAGGUGACAGCUUGCUAAGGAUCACAGCCUGAACUGGUUCCAUACAUGCUGCUGGCCCACAUUGAUGUAGUACCUGCUUCAGAGUCAGAUGGUUGGGAAGCACCACCAUUUUCUGCAAAGGAGAUUGAUGGCUUCAUCUACGGCAGAGGAACCAUAGAUGACAAAAACUCUCUAAUGGGAAUACUUCAGGCGCUGGAGUACUUGCUGUUAAAGGGCUAUGCUCCACGCAGGGGAUUUUACAUCGGUCUUGGUCAUGAUGAAGAAAUCAGUGGUCUCAAUGGAGCGAUGAACAUAGUGCGUGUUCUGAAGCAACGUGGUGUCCAGCUGUUGUUUGUCAUGGACGAGGGCCUGACUAUACUUGAUGGAAUCAUUCCUGGUCUUGAAGGACCUGCUGCUCUAAUUGGGUUAAGUGAAAAAGGCCAGGCCGCUAUAAAGCUUAGUGUGUCUGUGGCCCCUGGUCACGCCUCGAUGCCUCCCAGGGAAACUAGCAUUGGGAUCUUAGCCACAGCAGUCAAAAGACUAGAGGACAACCCAAUGCCAAGGUUAUUUGGUUACGGCCCUGAAGUUGACACCUUUGAGCAUCUGGCCCACAAGUUCAGUUUCCCACUAAAGUUCAUAAUGUCGAAUUUGUGGCUCUUCUCUCCGCUCCUUAGCAGGAUACUUGAAAGAAAACCAAUAUCUAAUGCAUUUGUAAGGACUACCACAGCAGUCACCUUUUUUAAUGCAGGAGUAAAGAUAAAUGUUAUUCCUUCCCUUGCUGAAGCUUAUGUAAAUCUACGAAUUCACUCAGCGCAGUCGGUACAAGAGGUACUGGAGAUCAUCAAAGAUACAGUUGGUGAUCAGCGAGUGAAGGUAGAACUUGUUGAUGGAUUUGACCCUCUACCCAUCAGCGGUGCUGAUGAGAAGGUCUUUGGCUUCCAAAUUAUUAAGAAAACGGUGUUGGACUUGUUUCCAACAGUUACAGUUGCUCCAGGUAUCUGUAUUGGAAACACAGACAGUCGACACUUCGUCGACCUGACCAAAAAUAUUUAUCGCUUUUCCCCGGCUUGGUUUAAGCCAGGUGACCCUGAGAGAUACCAUGGCAUCAAUGAAAGGAUUUCCACUAAGAACUACGAGGAGAUGAUCGUUUUUAACUUCAAUUUGAUCCAGAACUGUGACAUUAGGAAGCUCCCUGAGCCCCACAGCUCUGUCCAUGAACUCUAAGCAAUUGACAACAUUGGUGAUAAGAUAAACACAUGAAUAGCAUACACAAUGCAUUGAUAUUGCACUAAAUAACUUUUGCAUUAUAGAAUCAGAAACUACAAUUUUGCUAAUUUCAAAGUGGGAUGUACUUUUAUCUUUUAUGUGGACUACUGACUCUUUUCAGUGAUAUGUGAGUAGAUAGAGCACUGACCUUUCUGCAGUAAAAUCACUGUGAAUUGGCUAUCUAGAAUUUUGCAUUCAAUAUUAAGUUUUGGUACUCUAUGCAGACUGAUGUACUAUUUUUUUCUGAACUCUAUGGUGGUAUAAUAUGAUACAAUUAACCAAUUAUUAUAUAUUUUUUAUUGUGGGACACUGAUAGUAGUGCAGUCAUAAAGAUACAUUUUAUUGCUUUUCUGAUUUGGAGUGCUCAUAAUGAAUGGUAUAAAUAACAGCACUACCUACAGGGAUGCUUAACUUGAAUCAAACACUGGACAUCAUGUUCAAAGAAUACUGUU